ACAUUUCCAAGAUGGCGGAAAACUCUCAGCAACCUUUGCCGAAAAGACAUGAUUUACAAACGUCUGCAGACCUUGAGAGAGUCACAGAUUAUGCUGAAGAGAAAGAAAUAAGUACAACGGACAUAGAAAAUGCCAUAAGUCUAGUGGAGGGAAGAUAUUCUGAAGAAAAAGCUGCCAAGUUACAAAGAGAGAAGGAACUUGCAAGGAUUGUCAUAAAAAAGGAAGAUGUGGACUUGAUUGUUGAGGAAAUGGAAAUUCCAAGAGCUGCUGCAGAAAGAAGUUUAAGAGAACACAAAGGGGAUGUGGUUGAAGCUUUGGUGUCUCUAACAAAUUAAACAGCUUUAUAGAAAAUAAUAAUAAAAGGUGACAAGACAUUGACAUAUGAAUGAUUGUUCAGUUUUAUCACCAUAUGGAUUGGAAAUUAUUAGGCUGUAUUUUUCAGUUUUGUAUUUAUGAGGAUACAGUCUGAGUGUGUUAUCAUGUUGUUGAAAUAGGUGAACCUUCUUCAUUCUCUGAAUGUAAUUUCCAUGGUGAUCUGAUUGCUCUUCUGUAACAUUUGUCUUUGUGCUCACUGCAUAAAAUGCCAAAACCUAAAAGUCUAUGAAAUGUCAUUGACUAGUUCUUGUAUGAUACAGACACUUGGAAGAAUCACUGAAUUAGAAAAACAUCCCUGUGACAGACAUUUUUGAUAAUUCUCUUUGUUCUGUUAUGUUUGAAGAAAUAAAGGUGUGUUCAGGGAAAUUA